AUGUCAUUUCUAUCAGAGUCAGAAACAAUCGUAAUCAAACGAAGCUGUGAAGAUUUAAGAAAUUGGUUGCUUACACAAGGCGACUUGAAUAUACCAAACAAACAAAAUGGUACGUUUCUUGUUCAGUGGGCCUUAUUAAUAGGUGACAUCGAAAAAGUCCAACUUCUCUUGCAAAAUGGAGCGGAUGCAAAUUUUCAUUCUGAUGAAUUCGAUAAACUCUUCGUGUCGCAUGAAGAAACUAUCAAAUUUCUCAUAGAAGAAGCAUCCGCAUUUAACAUCGUGAGAACCAAUUUCUCAACCGUCCUUCAGUUUUUAAUCUUGGACAGCGAAGAAAUGUUUUUUAAACUUAUAAACAGCGGUACCUUCUUCGAUAUUAAUGCUCGCAAUCCUUACGGCUCCACCUUGCUUCACAUUGCAAUCCACACAGAAAAAAUGAAAAUUGUGGAAAAGCUCGUAGACUGUGGAGCUCAUUUAAAAAUAAAUAGUUUAGUGCACAAUACACCAUUAAAUUGUGCGAUCUCUGUGAAUAAUACCAGAAUUGUGCGCUUUCUUCUUGAUCGUGGAGCUCCUCUAAAUUGUAGAGGUUUACGACAAUAUACUCCCUUGCAUCAGGCAGUAGCAGUAAAAAAUCUGGGGAUCGUUAAAUUGCUAGUGUCCAGAAAAGCUAAUGUUGAUGCGAAAGAUUUUGAAGAUAAAACGCCACUUCGCGUGAUUGACAGUCCUUCAAAUUACCGUGAGGAAUUUCAAUACUUACCUCCAGAGGCAGUUCUUCUUGAUGAAGCUGACCUUCAAAAUCGGAUUGCGAUACUUCGAUUUUUACUCAAGAAUUCUGCUGACCUCUCGAUUUAG